AUGGGAAUCUUUUCAAUAGCAAUUCCUGGCCGUGUUGGUUAUCAAGCAAAAGUUCAUAAAAGUUUUCGUGAAUUAUUGAAACAGCAAGACUCUCAAAAGGAAUCAAUAACAGGGUUACAAACUGGUUCUCAAAAAUCAAUUCAAAAGGAUGAUGAUGACAAAGAAACAACUUUGCAAAGACAUCAAAGAACAUCCUCAAAAAGAGCUAGAGGUUCUAGUAGUAACUUUAGUAAUAAUAGAAUGAAAGGCCGUCUUGCAUUGGAUGAUGCAUUGAAACAAGUAGAAGAUUAUGAUAUGAAUCUUGAUAAGGCUUUUGAAGGAUGGUCAAAAGCUCGUGUUAAAGCUUUUAAUGCUAUUAAAACCAAUCCAAAUACAUAUUAUUAUCGAUUUAAUGCACCUGGUGAAGAACAAAGACUAGGUGCAUGGACUGAGGAAGAGGAACAAGUAUUUUUUAACAGAUUGGAGGAAGUUGGUUCUGAAGGUCAAUGGGGAAUAUUUUCAAUAGCGAUUCCUGGUCGUGUUGGUUAUCAAGUAAAAACUGGGAGAAUUAAAGAUCCAAAUUAUGUAAUUGAUAGAAAUGGUAAAGCACAUUAUUUGUUUAGUACUAGGAAUAAGCAAACAGGCGAGACGCAAAAAACAAUCAGAACUCAUUCCAAAUAUGGAAAUAGUGGUGGAUGUAAAACUGUUAGAGGAAAUCAUUCUGAUGCUCAGGAUAGUCCAAACAGUAGACAUGAAAAAACUUAUGUUUUGAAAUCAUGGAGUAGUAAAAAAAGAGCAAGAUCGUACCAAGUAAAUGCAAGAGUUGAUUUAGAAGUUGUUGAACAAGACGAUGAAAAUCCAUUGCCAGGUUUUAUUGAUCCUAUUACGUUAGAAGAAGUUAAACGUCCAGCAAUCUCUCCUUAUGGACAUGUAAUGGGUUAUGAUAACUGGGUAAAAUGUCUCUCUACAGGCCCAAAUAAAAACAUUUGUCCCUUGACCAAAAAACCUCUAAAAAGACGUGAACUUGUUAUAUUGACCAGCGACAAUCUUAAUCAAUACAGGUUGGUUAAUCCAUUUGUAGAUUUUUAA